UUGCAGGUGAAAGAAACACAGGACCACUUCAAGCUUCAGAUCAUUGAUCCAAAAAUCAGUUCAAAUGCAUCAGUUCCCACGUACAGUCGAGAAAUUCCAAGAAUACAACAACGAAAUUUGGAUUUUCCCAGUGAACACAGCAAACGAUCGUUUCUUAAAUUGGAACCUCUGGAACAACGAAAAUUAAGGGCAGUGGAAACACGCCCUAUAACAACUAGUGCUUACUUGACGGAGAGCUUAGAUCGGCAUCGCGAUAUGGAAGCAUCCCGAUUGAAGGAUUACCUGAAAGCACGUGAACAUGAUGCCAACAAGCCGUGGGACAAGCCACAGUGGCCCGGGCCGAAGGCCAAAGAGCCAAAUGAACAAGCCCUCAGGGAACUUGCUGAAAUCAAGAAGGUUAUUCUUUCUUAA